CGUGGGUGCUAGGUUAUCCAUAUGCUUUCCCUUUCGAAUCCUCCUAUUGACAAAUCCUGCCUCCAAUUAGGUAAACAAUGAGUUCACGGGGGUUCAGGACAUCUCUGAUUGACUCUGAAACACCUACUCCAUCUUAUUCUACCAUCGAUAGAAGUUCUUCGGUGGAUUUGGCCCAGGACGACUCCAAAAACAAUCCAAGGAGAAUGAUAAACAUUGCUUCUUGUCCAGAGUCACCAGAUCUGGAACAACUACCAUACCAGUUCUUUCGUGAGAAUAACAGACUUGUUUCGAAAGAGGGUAACCUUAAAGUCAAAUCUACUAAUGUUCCUAAAAAGCUAAGGUUGUACCUUCGGGAGGACUUAUUUACUACUAUGAUUGACAUGAAAUGGCACUGGGUUAUCCUUCUGUUCUGUGUGUCAUAUAUCCUGUCAUGGGUUCUGUUUGGGACGAUUUGGUGGCUUAUCGUGCUUUCAAGGGGAAAAUCCGUUUGCUUCACAGACGUUGACGACUGGACAACUGCCUUCCUGUUCUCCAUUGAGACACAACAGACAAUCGGCUACGGCUCACGUACUAUUACUUCCAAGUGUGCCGAGGCCAUCAUCACCCUGCAAGUCCAGUCUAUAGUUGGUGAUAUUAUUGAUGCCUUUAUGCUUGGUCUCACCUUUGCCAAGCUUUCACGCCCUCGUGAGCGUGCACGCACCGUCAAGUUCUCACGUUAUGCUUCUAUCUGUUUACGUGAUGGCAAGAUGUGUCUGAUGUUCCGAGUCGGAGAUGUACGUAAAAGUCAGAUCGUAGAAGCUCAUAUCCGCGCUCAACUGUUCCGUUACUUGGAAACAAGUGAAGGCACGAGUAUGCCGUUCUACCAACAGGAUUUACGGCUGUGUUACGACUGGCGGAAUUGCGAUCGUGAUGAUAAUAGGAACCACAUUUUUCUGUUAAUGCCGUUGGUUGUCAUGCAUAUCAUUGACGAACGCAGUCCGCUGUACCAUAUCACUGCAGACAAGCUCAGACAUACAAAAUUCGAGAUUGUCAUCGUGCUUGACGGAAUCGUAGAAGCGACGGGCAUGAAUACCCAGCCAAAGACGUCAUAUCUGAGCCAGGAGAUCCUCUGGGGACACGACUUUCUCCAAGUUGCCGAUCAAAGUCCAUUUGACGUGCAGUACUAUGCGUCCGACUACUCCAAAUUCGACGACAUGAAAAAGGUGGCCAUGCCAGACCUCUCUCCAUUUGAGUACUACCAACAACACCCUCUUCGAGACGAGAAUGACACGUCACUGCCCAACUUGUACAUAUGAUGAGAAACAUGACAAGACCUUUAACAUCCAGGGGCGGAUCUAGCUUUUCGCUAUAGGGGGAGGGGGGGUUGCUCAGUGACAAAGGGGGAGGGGGUAAUUAAAUAUGGCUUUCUGGUAGCCUGAAGGGAGGGGGGGGGGGGUUAAACUCAGUGACAAAGGGGGAAAUUACAUAUGGCUUUCUGGUAGCCUGAAGGAGGGGGGGUUGCUCAGUGACAAAGGUGGAGGGGGUAAUUACAUAUGGCUUUCUGGUAGCCUGAAGGGGGGGGGGGUUAAACCUCCUAAACCCUCCCCCUAGAUCCGCUACUGACAUCGUACUAUUUUAAGAGGUUCGGUGCCCUUAUAACUGGUCUUUAAUUACCAUAAUGCCUUUUAGAUAAGGAAGUCAAAAUAUUUUUGUACAAGAUGCUUAAAAACGUUUAUAUAUCAUACGGUAGUGGCUAAUGACAACUUAAACGAAGCUGUGGUCAUCCAUAUAAAAAAGAACACGCAAGGAUCAUGCAAUCAAGUAUUAUUAUCCCAGAAGUGAUCAUUUUAUAGAAACUUUUAAUAAUUCUGGAUUCUUAAUAUUUAUAUUAUGAUAUCGUUUUACGAUUAUUCUACAUAUCAAUAGUUGAUAUCAAUAUGCUCUCGUUUGUCAUAUUAAAUAAGUAUUACAAUGUUUAAAAAAACAUAUUGACACGUUU